CGCCCCGCCCUCGUGCGCAGGCGCGGAACCGUUGCCCGCCGAGCGGUUGCGGGCCGAGCGGUUUGCAGAGCCGGCCUGGGAGCGCUGCCCUCGGCGGCUCCACCUGCGUGACACCCCCGCGCCCGCCUCCCGCGGUGCCCUGGGCUCGGUCGACAUGAAUCCCAUCGUCGUGGUCCACGGCGGCGGAGCCAGUAGCAUCUCCAAGGACCGGCAAGAGCGAGUGCGCCAGGGCGUCGCCAAAGCCGCCACCCUGGGCUACCGCAUCCUCCAGGAGGGAGGGAGCGCAGUGGACGCUGUGGAAGGGGCAGUGACCAUCCUGGAAAACGACCCCGAGUUCAACGCAGGUUGUGGGUCUGUCUUGAACACAAACGGUGACGUGGAAAUGGAUGCCAGCAUCAUGAAUGGCAAGGACCUGUCCACGGGAGCAGUGUCUGCCGUGCGCUGUGUAGCGAACCCCAUUAAGCUUGCGCGGCUUGUCAUGGAAAAGACACCUCAUUGCUUUCUGACGAGUGAAGGUGCAGCAAAAUUUGCAGCAGAGAUGGGGAUUCCAAAGAUUGCCGUGGAACAACUGAUAACAGAGAGAAGCAAAAGAAACCUGGAAAAAGAGAAGCAUGGGCGUGGUGGUGCCCAGAAGCCGUUCUCUGCACAAAACGAGGGAACUGUGGGUGCCGUGGCCUUGGACUGCCAAGGGAACUUGGCUUAUGCCACCUCUACGGGGGGAAUCGUUAAUAAGAUGGUUGGCCGAGUUGGGGACUCACCAUGCGUAGGAUCUGGAGGUUACGCUGACAAUAACAUUGGAGCCAUUUCCACCACGGGGCAUGGGGAAAGCAUCCUGAAGGUGAAUCUCGCCAGACUCACGCUCUUCCACAUAGAACAAGGAAAGAGCGUGGAAGAGGCUGCUGACCUGUCGUUGGGUUAUAUGAAGUCAAAGGUCAGAGGUUUAGGUGGCCUCAUCUUGAUAAGCAAAACAGGAGACUGGGUAGCAAAGUGGACCUCUACCUCCAUGCCCUGGGCAGCGGCCAAGGACGGCAAGCUGCAUGCUGGCAUUGACCUGGGUGAAGCCACCAUCACAGACUUGUCCUUGCCCUAAGCCCCUGAAGAUUGUGUCCUAGGUGUGAGCUUGCGGGUAAGAUUCAUCCGCCUGCUGUGGAGAUGCCGCCUAAUCAAUUAGAUUCAGAAAUGGAAAAAUCAUGCAAUCUGUCCCUCGUUUUGUUGCCUUGAUCAAUAAGUAUCAGAAGGUUUGGUUGAGGGUCUGGUUCCAAAGCGAUGAGAGAAAUGCCCAUAUUAAGAUCCAAGUAAGACAGUGAAGAUGACAGUCUCUAGCGACCCUUUCCCGAGCAGUCUCCACUGUGUAAGGCUAGAAAGAAGGGGCACCCUGGGCCCAACAGAACGGCCUCAGGGCAGGGAGCCUUUUGCGAUUGGGAGACCCAAAGCUUGCAGGAACCUGGUCCAGGGUGGGGACAGGAAGGGCCCGGUGAAGGUGCCCGAGGAGCAGGAGCAGCUGCAGCAGAGGAGCUAGUGUGCAGUCCAGGGGAACCCAGGAUGGUGCCGAGUUCCUUCUGUGUGACGAGAACACUUGGCAAAAGCACGAAAAUCCUUGAAGGGAGACGUUCGUCUCAGAGAGGGAGAACGGAAUUUUCUAAGAAAACUCGGUUCUCAAGCUUACUAACAUAGACAAGUCUCCAGCAAACGCUUGCAAAGGACCCUCUGUUCACCCGUAGCUCCCCACGCUGGAGACGAGGGGCGGGCAGCCUUAGAGUCUUAAGGGUUUUCUUAGUUCACCUACUGUUCUCCCACAAGCUAGCCCCUAGCUGCCACAGACCCCUGUCCCACACAGGGGUCCCGGCCUCUUCAACGGCAGGGAAUGGCCAAUCAAUGGAGAGAUGACACCAUGAUUUACUGAGGACACAGAUCUCUAGGGCUUUGGGACACUCCAUGUUCUGUGUGUCCUUCAGUGUGUUCAGCGUGAUAGUCAUUUCCUUGGUGAAGAGAACUGUCGCUCUCUCGUUGCACUGGAAACGGUCUUUCCGCUGUGCCAUAUCUGCUCAGUCUUUUAGUCUGUCAGGGCUUACCUUCUCUCUGGAAAGUCAUUGCUUAACUUUAAAUUCCAUGUGCCACUAAUAAAAUGUAUUUUGAAAGA